GUCCCUGCAGGGGCUGGUCAGGACGUGGGCCGGAGCUGCAUCCUGGUCUCCAUUGGGGGCAAGAACGUCAUGCUGGACUGCGGGAUGCACAUGGGCUUCAACGAUGACAGGCGCUUCCCAGACUUCUCCUACAUCACCCGCAACGGCCGGCUGACCGACUUCCUGGACUGUGUGAUAAUCAGCCACUUCCACCUGGACCACUGCGGGGCGCUGCCCUACUUCAGCGAGAUGGUGGGCUACGACGGGCCCAUCUACAUGACCCACCCCACCCAGGCCAUCUGCCCCAUCCUGCUGGAGGACUACCGCAAGAUCGCCGUGGACAAGAAGGGCGAGGCCAACUUCUUCACCUCCCAGAUGAUCAAGGACUGCAUGAAGAAGGUGGUGGCCGUGCGCCUCCACCAGACGGUCCAGGUGGAUGAGGAGCUGCAGAUCAAGGCCUACUACGCCGGCCACGUGCUGGGGGCAGCCAUGUUCCAGAUCAAAGUGGGCUCGGAGUCGGUGGUCUACACGGGCGACUACAACAUGACCCCGGACCGGCACCUGGGAGCCGCCUGGAUUGACAAGUGCCGCCCCAACCUGCUCAUCACAGAAUCCACAUACGCCACGACCAUCCGUGACUCCAAGCGCUGCCGGGAGCGGGACUUCCUGAAGAAGGUCCAUGAGACCGUGGAGCGCGGCGGGAAGGUGCUGAUCCCCGUGUUUGCGCUGGGCCGGGCUCAGGAGCUCUGCAUCUUGUUGGAGACCUUCUGGGAGCGCAUGAACCUGAAGGCCCCCAUCUACUUCUCCACGGGCCUGACGGAGAAGGCCAACCACUACUACAAGCUCUUCAUCACCUGGACCAACCAGAAGAUCCGGAAGACCUUCGUCCAGCGGAACAUGUUCGAGUUCAAGCACAUCAAGGCCUUCGACCGAGCUUUUGCCGACAACCCGGGCCCAAUGGUCGUGUUCGCCACACCAGGGAUGCUGCACGCUGGGCAGUCCCUGCAGAUCUUCCGGAAGUGGGCCGGGAACGAGAAGAACAUGGUCAUCAUGCCCGGCUACUGCGUGCAGGGCACCGUGGGCCACAAGAUCCUCAGCGGGCAGCGCAAGCUGGAGAUGGAGGGGCGGCAGGUGCUGGAGAUCCGGAUGCAGGUGGAGUACAUGUCCUUCAGCGCCCACGCGGACGCCAAGGGCAUCAUGCAGCUGGUGGGCCAGGCGGAGCCCGAGAGCGUGCUGCUGGUGCACGGCGAGGCCAAGAAGAUGGAGUUCCUGAAGCAGAAGAUCGAGCAGGAGUUCCGAGUCAGCUGCUACAUGCCGGCCAAUGGCGAGACCGUGACCCUGCCCACAAGCCCCAGCAUCCCCGUGGGCAUCUCGCUGGGGCUGCUAAAGCGGGAAAUGGCGCAGGGGCUUCUCCCUGAUGCCAAGAAGCCGCGGCUCCUGCACGGCACCCUGAUCAUGAAGGACAGCAACUUCCGGCUGGUGUCCUCUGAGCAGGCCCUCAAGGAGCUGGGCCUGGCCGAGCACCAGCUGCGCUUCACCUGCCGUGUGCACCUGCACGACUCGCGCAAGGAGCAGGAGACGGCCAUGCGUGUCUACAGCCACCUGAAGAGCCUCCUCAAGGACCACUGUGUGCAGCACCUCCCCGACGGCUCGGUGACCGUGGAGUCCAUCCUCAUCCAGGCUGCUGCCCACUCCGAGGACCCAGGCACCAAGGUGCUGCUGGUCUCCUGGACCUACCAGGACGAAGAGCUGGGGAGCUACCUCACAUCUCUGCUCAAGAAGGGCCUGCCCCCCGCCCCCAGCGGAGGCAGCUGACCACUGCAGGCUGCCUGCCCUUCCCUCGCCCAGCCAGGGGCCCUGGGCUUCCACUGCAGGACAGUUUCUGUGCCCUGGGCUUCCCUCUGUGCACGUGCAGCCCGCAGCAGGCCACAGCCUCAUGUGGGGCAACACCAGUGCCACAUGUCUGCCUGAGUGGCCUUUUGGGUGGAAGAAAUAAAUAACCCUGAAGACC